AUGGCACAAGCGCGCCAGGUCAUCUUCCGCGUCUUCUACAGCACCUCGUUCACCGCCGUCUUCCUAAUUCUCAUUGUUGUCGUUGCUGUCACCCCCGCCGAUACGCUGUAUGAGUCCUAUAAGCGCCGGCGUCUAAUCGACAUCUUCCUCAUCGCCGGCGACUAUGUUGUUACCGCUCUAUUGGCCAUCCUGAUCUAUGCUUCGCGGCUGUACACAAAUCGUUCGGUGCUUAAGGACAUUCCGAAAACAUAUAUGCCCAUUGAAAAGGAGGACUUACCGGGACGACGAGUGCAUAAGCUGAUUCAGGAAUGUCUGGAGAAGAGUGCGGUGAUUGCAUAUCAAGCCCGACCGAGGAGUCGGAGGAUUGAACAUGACACCAUUAAUAUCGGGACGAGGAUGCUCGCUUUAACAAAUACGCAGCCCGAUACAGACCACGAUGCUGAGCCGAGUUGGGGGAAAGUGGCGCACCCUGGCUGGUCAUCACCAGCUUCCCAGGAGUUGCCAGGACUCGAAUAUUGCACCGUCGUGGAUGAGUUGAUUGACCUGAUCGAAGCCAAAGCCGUCAGUCUUGCUCCCAUCGACCCGCACGCCCAGCCUGAUCCAGAUGGCACGCCAAUGCCUGAUCCGCGAGUCAUUGAUCAGCUCGCCCGGAGUGGAAACAUGGGUAUGAGAGCUUACCUCCAGUAUCUUAUCAAUAUUGGCGUCGUACUGGAUAACUCUCUGACGGUGGCGUUUCUCGCGGCAUACGAACGCGCCCGGUUUUCCUCCGAACCGUUAAGCGAUGAAGAUUUCCAAAGUUUGAUGCGCAUGUUUGCCGAGUUACUCCGCAAUAUGAACCCGGUUGAUGUUGAGCUGCUCGAUCUCGAGGAUGGCUCUGACCAGUCUUCUCAAUUUGAAACUUCCAGCUUAAUCCAUCGAGAGGCAUUCUAUCGUUCUCGUCAACAAGCAGAAACCUCAUCCAUUCCGUCCACCUACUCAGCCUCCGGCUCCGUACGCCACCACAAACUUCCGCCACGCCGUAUCUCGGAAGAUUCAGCCCCUUCCCUUACUUCCACUGAACAAGACCACCACCAUCUCGAGGACCACACAUUGCCAGAAUCGGGUACCGGAGCGGACAACCAACAUGUUGAGAGCCAUCAGGACACGGAUAAUUCGCAAUCUUUUAGCGCCGAACCUGGCCGAACUUCACGUUCUCGGUCAAGACAGAGACCAGGUCCUUCAACGACAGGGUCGAGCUCAAGGAUGUUUUCCGCGGUGUCACGAAUGAGCUUGCAUUCUGAUAUCUCAAAAGCUGACUCUGGACAAUCGAACACUGGGUCUGUUGUACGUCACGAUCUGACGAGGCAGUCUUCCAGGACUUCGAGGAGAAGCAAUAGAAGCGGGAACGGGUUUUCCGUUAUCCGCCUUGCCGGGCAAGGGGAAGACAACGAUGCUCCGAAUGGACUACCGUAUCGAAUCGAGCUCCCCACAGAGCGGUAG